GCGCACCUGACAGCCAUCAAAGUCCAGGCAGCCAACUAUGUCCUCGACCAGCUUAUAGGCGGAUUUGAACAGGCUAUCGAGGCCGAUAAGGUUGUGCGCCAGAAGUUCGAAGCCAAUCAGAAUGGCAUCCAGCUGCUUUCUAUGUCCCUUGAGGAGAUCCAGCAAUCGCUGCCUUCGGCUAGCGGCAGCGUGGAUCCAAACUGCUCCAGCGUGCAGCGGCUCAAGCAGCUGAUGGAGGAUGUGGAGACCAUCAAAGCCGAGCGCGAUGCCAUCGAAUCGGAGCUCAAGUCGGCCUCGUUCGACAUGAAGAACGAGUUCUUGCUUGCUCUGCAAAAGGAUGAGGCUAUCGACGAGCCCGCCUUGUCGUUGUCGCGCAUUGGGCAGGUCCUGAAUCCUUUGCAGCAGCAGGUGAGGGAGAGCGUCGACCGUCAGCAGUCCCUGGUGGCAGACAUUCAGAGCGCCCAUGGAGCUUUCGUCUCGGAGACGGGAAGCUGUGGCAGCUCGCGCGACACCCUCUACCAGGAGCUGGCCACUGCCUACUAUAGCUACAUUGAGCUGUCGGGCAAUCUCCAGGAGGGAACUAAAUUCUACAACGACCUCACCCAGCUGCUGGUCGUAUUCCAGAACAAGAUCAGCGACUUUGUGUUUGCCCGCAAAACGGAAAAGGAGGAGCUCAUGAAGGACCUAACUACAGCGUCGAGCCGACAAGCUUGCCCGGCUACGCCCUCUCUGCCCUCGCACUAUGCCUCCACCUCGGGUAGUGGCAGCGACAUUCCAUCCAAUGCCAGGCAUGCCAGUGUAAUAUGGCGACCAGCCAGGAGUGCCAUAUCCAGCGUAUGUGCCGCCACCGAUGCCCCAGAGCUUCAAUCCAUACGCCACGCUCCCAUAUCGAGGCAAUUAUCAGUAUCCGGGAGGCUAUCCACAAGGACCACCACCUGGGCACUAUGGCACCUAUCCUGGCAGCUAUGCUCCUCAACAGCAAGGCGGCUAUCCCAACCAGAAGCCACCAGGAUGGUAAACUGCAUCUAACCCGUAUUUAUAGCCACACUGUGGUUUAACCAAGGUCUCUUCCAUGAGUCCCGGAUCGUAGAGAAGCGGCAAUUGGUGGUCAUGGCAUUUAAUGCUCUGUGUUCUUUUUCUGUUUCGGCUUUCGUUCGUUUGCUUGCAAUUGUAUCAUACAUGUUGAUGGCUUCUUGGAUUUUAAUCUCAUAUAUGCAACAAAAAUAUUAUCACGUAUCACAAUAAAAGUUUUUAGUGCUAUUA